AUGGCCAAGUCUCUCCAUAUCUCUUCCUUCCUCCUAACUCUCCUCAUCCUAACCUCCGCCCUCUCUUUCUCUCUCAUCACGGCCAAGAAACCUAAAUCCCGUGAUGGCUACUCCCGGGUCCUGUCUCCGGCGACGCUCCGCCUCAAGAAAGAGAAGCUCAGCCACCUCCGCUUCUACUUCCACGACAUCGUCGCCGGACCCAACCCAACGGCGGUGCAAAUCGUCCGGGCCCCCUCCACCAAUCUCUCGUCUACGGGCUUCGGCAUGGUGGCAAUGAUCGACGACCCACUCACGGCAGGGCCCGAGCCCACUUCCAAGCUGGUGGGCCGGGCCCAGGGGAUCUACGGGUCGGCCUCUCUGGGCGAUGUUGGGCUGCUUAUGGCUCUCAACUUCGCUUUCGUGGACGGCAAGUUCAACGGGAGCACGUUGAGCAUUCUGGGGAGGAACGCGGUGAUGUCGCCGGUGAGGGAGAUGCCGGUCGUCGGCGGGAGCGGGGUUUUCCGGUUUGCUAGGGGAUAUGCUCAGGCCAGGACCCGGAAGUUCAACCUGAGGACCGGGGAUGCUGUCGUCGAGUACAAUGUUUAUGUCUUCCAUUACUAA